GCGGUAUCACUGGACCAGGAGACGGCACUUAUACAGAUGAUUUCUUCUUUUUAGAUUUAACCGUUCCAUUUUCUACAAUGUAUCCAACCAACAUGCCCUAUACAGUACUUGCAAACGUUCCUAUAAAAGUUGCAGCACAUACACUUGUAUAUUCAAGAACUGGGAUGAUUUAUUUAUUUGGUGGUUAUAGAGAACGUCCAGGAGGGAAUCAUAUCUACGAAUAUGAUAUUACUAAUAAUGCAUGGAGUGGGUUGACACCAAACACGGUUAAAAAUGGCACUGUAUUGCCAUCUAAUUCCACAACAAAGACUGUUGGUGUUAUAGAUAGUGACUUAACUAAUAUUUAUAUAUUUGAUAAUAGAACUAUUUACAUUUAUGAUACAGUAAAUAGUGUUUUAAGUAGUAUUCCAGGACCAUCUGUUUUAAAUUACCAUGGUGCUGUUUGGCUAAACACUAGUGAAAUUGCAUAUAUUGGUGGGUAUAACAGUUCAGGUAUAAAUGUUCCUAUGGAUAAGAUUCUUUUAUACGAUACAAAAUCUUCAGUAUGGACUACGAAGACAGCAAUAGCUAGAUCUGGUGGAAUACCAUCACCGAGACAGGGUCACACAGCAUCCAUAGCGUCGGAUGGUCGAAUUUUUAUAUAUGGUGGUUAUGACGGUCUUAAUACUUCAUCCAUUCCAACAUUUGCAGUUCUAGAGUAUAUUAAUGGAAUAUUUGAGUGGUCUUCUCCUCAGCUAUUUAAUCAAUCAUAUGUUUUUAGGAUUUAUCAUACCGCACAUAUAAUUGGAAAUCACUUGUUCAUUAAUUUUGGGAGAAAUUUAACACAAAGCAGAUUGAAUACUAUUGAUAUUAUAAAUAUAACGAAUAGAGAUAGAUAUUUUGUCAUCACAAAUUUUAUACCGCUAAACUAUACUACAAAACCCAUUUCUGCGAACAAUAUAAAACUUACUUCCACUUCAAUUAUAUUAAUUUCAGUAUUUGGUACUAUUUUUGGGAUCGCUUUAAUUGUUGGCUGUAUAUUUUUGAUAAUAUUCAUUCGAAAAAAGGUUGAAUAUAAAAAUAGUAUUAUUGCAACUCCUGGUUCAGGAUAA